GCUUACAGGCUCAGAGCCCAUUGCCUCUGUUCAAGUUGAAUAACUUGAAUUGAAUGACUUGCUUUUUCAGGCAAUUAUUGGCAAGUGACUGAGAAGUACUAAUCAAUUUAUGUGUCUUUGAUUAGAAAUUUGCCAUAAAUUUCUGACUUAUUGAAGCAAUGAAUGUGUGAGUCAUCUGCUUAUCUUCCAUCCUCUUGGACUACAUCAGACUAUCAGUGUAUGGGGUGAUGGAAAGGCUGUAUGGAGGGGAGGGAGGUGUGGUGAGUGAAGCUCCUGAGUAUUCCCUGCCUUGUGAUGGACUCACCUAUACUCAGCUGCUUGACCAUGGCUAUGGCCUCACAGUUCCUCUCAGUACCCCACACACCCCCAGCAGUGGGCAUGUUUCCCCUGCAUCCUCCACUGCUACACCCCUCAAAGCUCAGAGCGUCAAGAGACGCCUGGUGCUGGAGGAGGCCCCGUCGCUCGUGGCAGGCAUCGUUGAUGCGGACGGUUUCCGCACCCCCAGCAAAACCCCGCGGCGGAGCGUGACGUCCCGUGUCGCAUCCCCACACUGCUCCUCUCCCUCUCCCCUCACUCCUGCCUUGCUGGCGCAGCAUCGGGCAAAAAAUAACGCCUCGCCUGGCAAGCCUUCUCGCUAUGACACGUCUCUCGGCAAACUUACCAAAGAGUUCCUGGCCUUACUUCACAACUCCGCUGACGGCACCGUUGAUCUCAAGCUGGCUUCCGAAGUUCUUCAGGUUCAGAAAAGGAGAAUUUACGACAUCACCAAUGUGCUGGAAGGCAUUGGACUAGUCAAUAAGAAAUUCAAAAAUAAUGUACAAUUAAUGUCGGCUCCUAGUAAUACCAGAGAAGUAGAAGCUGAUGUCGAGAGAUUGAGGAAACAAGAAGAGAAGCUUGAUUGCCUAAUUCAGCAGCUGAGCAGUAAUUUAGCAUCGGACUUUGAAACGGAUCGGCGGUUCGCCUACAUGGAUCACUGCGACGUGAAGCAACUUUAUCAUAACAGCACCGUCUUCAUGGUCAGCCCACCAGCAGGCAGUACCUUGGGAGUCUCGGCCAACUUACAAGAGCUCCCCUUAUCACUGCAACUGUGCACGUACGGGCGCCCAACUGUUGUGCACAUGUAUGAAGGCAAGCCUAGUUGGUUGGAAGGCAUGAGUUCCUACAAGCACAACUUCGCUACUCUCACAGCCCUGUCACAACUCGCACCUAAUGCUAGCACUGCUUCACCAACCAGUGACGAGUCUCGGAGAUGUCAAGACAAAGCUUCCAGUGAAGCAUCCACUUCGUCUCGUAUUGAUGACUGUAUACAGUCACCGAAAAGUUCUCCUAUUGCCUCUUCAUCAUUCGCUUAUUUAAAUCUUAAUGUUGGAUCUGGUGAUUUGGCGUUAAGAUCGCCACUUCGUUCACCGGGAGCAUUGCCUGGGAUGGCUGGUUCCAGCGACGCUGUUUUUGGCUUGCCUGUCCCGUCACCAUCUAGCAUUACUCCCAAAAAACGUUCAUUGAUUCCUGAUGACGCGUUCACGCCGCCCAGUAAAAAGCCCUGCAGGAGAAGAGUUACACCCAAAAAGAGUUCGUGGUCGCCGUCCAAAGGAGGCUGUGUCAAGGUAGAGCUGGCGGAGGACGAGGGCGUUUGUGCGGAUGACUUGCUCACCGACGACGUCUUCGCGACCAUGUUCGGAGCUGGUGAUUCUAAUGCCCUCGACCUGCUCCUUCCUGAACCCUAUGGCUUUCUUAAUUCAGACGAUCCUGGCUCUGAAGAUCUUGGCUUCGGCUCAGCGAGCACUCCCCCUCCCUUCUUAACCUUAGAGCCUCCCAUGGACCACAAUGAUUACACCUUCUCACUUGACACAACGGAGGGCCUCUCUGACUUCUUCGACUUUAUUUGAGCUCCGCCAAGUGUUGUAUGAAAAUGUUAGUUUGAAUAUAAACAGACCGUAGAUACAAAGUUUGCUAGAGCCGUUUGUUGACCGUUUCUAGCUUUCAUUCAUUAGUUUCAUUUUAAUCCUGAAGCUGAUCUUCGACAAAGUCCCUCAUCUAUAUUUUCUUUUUAUAUAUAUAUAUAUAUUUGUUUGUGCUUCAAAUUACAUUAUUUUCCAUGUUUUCUAAAUCAAAUUGCCGUCCUUUAGCUCGCCUCUAAAUUUUUCUUUAAUUAGACCUGGUUCUAGUACUAAUCUAAUUGAAGUACCUAUAUCAUUCAGCCUACAGAUACCACUUACCGAGCGAGGAAUCCCUAACUUAUUAUCUCGUCUAUUUGAACGCCAAUUUUACCGUCAUCUGUCUGUGUGAAAUGAAUGCACUAAAUUGAAAUCCACUAUCGGGUUCAAAAAUCUAUACACGAUUUUACAAAAAGUUUCAUUGUAUCCAUGUUUCCAUCUUGGUUAGAAAAAUUUUCCGCGACUGUGCUUUUUACGUUGAUAAUGCAGGAAACUUGUGUGCAAAUGAUAUUAAUGUAUUUUGGUGAAUUCAAAUCGCUGUAGUUGUACUAUCAGUACUAUGCUGAAGAAACUCUCAUAGAUUUCACACUUUAUUAUGUUGAAAAAAUACCUUGUCUCGUUCUUGAACUCUUACAGCAGGUAGAAAGCCCAACUGUAAUUCAGAUGAACGGCGUUUCAUAUUAGAUAUAUCUAAGUAGCGUGUCGCUUAAUUCUGUCGUCCGACUUUAAGAUCUUGAUGUUGAUACUACUUACAAUUUUGUCCUCUACGAGGGCUGUUAGAGCGGUUAAUGAAACUGCCCCUUUAUUAUAGUUCCCUAUUAGAAAUUUGAUUGAUAUGCCAAUCGGUUUCUGCAUAUCAUAUUUAUUUAUUUUAUAUUUCUACUAUGUUCACUGCAUCUUGUUUCUUCCUCUCGAUCUUGAUGAUUGAAUUCAACCGGAGCCAAUCUUAUCGUAAAUUGAUUGUGAUUGAAAUCCCUGGACGUUGGCAGAAAAUUUUAUCAUAUAUUAUAUAAAUCUGACUGCAGUCCGAAAAUAGCCUGCACUGAAGAAGAGCGAGCAUAGAUUGCGAAACUCUAACUGGUAAGGUGAAGUUUAACAGUGUCUUGAUGCGCUUCUUACGCAUUUAUUAAUAGAUCCAACUAAGAUGAGCUUGUUCACUGCGAUGACGCUUAAAUAAUUGAAUCAAUAAGUUCUACUUCUUCCUGUCUGCUUUUUGCGAGACGGGAACAAUUCUGAAUUUCUGCGCACUUCAUUAUCGCAGAUGUUACUGUUCUGAUGAAUCUUUAUUGAAGCAAUGUUUUAUUCAUGGCUUGUAUCAUUGAAAUGCAACGAUUUGCUCAUUGCAUUUAUCUCCUUGUGAUCUAUCUCCAAGGUGGCAUGGCAUGCCAUUUAUACGGUAUUUAACCUCCAGGUUUCUGGAAGUCUAGCUAAUGGUUUCAUAUUUUCUUCUUUGGGUGUCGAAAAUAUCAACAUUAAUGUUUGUAAGUGAUUGGUACGAGCACAUUUUUGUAUAAAGUGUCGAAAUAAAGGGCAUUGAGUUAGUGUUUCUAUGUAGCUGUACUUUUAGGUUGACAAAUACUAUGUUUUGAACUAUUUUUAUAGCAGAGAUUUGACCACUAUUAUUCAUUUUAAAUUGAUCUGAUAAUAGGCUCGAUUCCAGAGUUGUUAAAAGAGUGACGAGAACAAUUUCAAUAUUGAGUUGUGUUGUGGUGUGUUUGUUAGUUAGAAACCGGCGUAAACUACAGCCGAAUCCUGUGAAUGAUUGACACUCCUCGUCACCGCAGCUGCUAUUUAAUACUCGCUGCGAAGUGCGCUGGUACUGGAGACAGUUUCAUGCGUGUAUAUUAUGAACCGACUGUUUAUUGGUAUUAUUCCCGUCAAUUUGCUAUUUUAUUUGGCUAUGACAAGAGGUUCACGGUGUUACUACCAUAGCCGUAAUGCGACAAAUUCUAAGGUACAUUUCUUGCUGUGGUAGUCGUGCAGUCGCUCUUUUUGCUCCUGGUCUAGGUGAGUUGUAAUUACCUGUACAUACGUUGACUUGUUUACGGAUAUCUUUUCUUAUGUUCAGGGCUUUUUUGGCAAAGACUUUGUUUUACGAGACGUUUCUCAAUUCUUUUUGCACGUUGCUUGGUUUUUCAUAAAUUUCUCUUGAAUUUAAGAACAAUAUUUUGAAUUUUGUGAUCUAUUUGUUCAGACUGCUCAGUAGAUUGUUUGCUGCUAUGAUUGAAAUUUUUAGUUAAAUUUGUUGGUUUGUUUCGUAUGCACCUGCCGUAAUUUUGUGUUAUUUCUCUUCAAAUUAUAGUGCAAACAAAUCAUUUCUUUCAAUUUCAUUUUGUUAGAAUUUCAUUCCUUGGAAGUUCACGCACUUAACUGCAGACAGAAGAAAUUGAUGCAAGUUCGUGACUAUUUAUUAAGAUAAUUUAUCUCUUAGAAACUCUUAAGAAGUCCAAGCAUAGUCUGUAUGAUUGUGUGCCUAUUCCCUGAAAUAAACCAGACAAAUAAUUUGUGAUAGAUAACAAUGGCUAAUGAUAAUUUACAGACGUCCAUUGCUUUGACGCUACUAGCUAAUAGCAAGUUUUAUCUAUUCUUAAAGUUAUUGAAUGUUAGGGUAAAAUUAUUUCUACAUUCGUGAAAAUUUCUAUCUCAUCGGCUUCGCGAUCAAGCUGUUUCAAUAGUAAAUACAUUUGACGAUAUCGGUAUUUGAGUUGUCUUUGCAAGUGCUCGCUUCGUAUUGUGUAUAAAUCGUAUCGUUUAUCGUUUAAUAAUUAUGUUGAACUGUGUUGCUAAUAUAGUUCUUGAUAUUUCUGCCGAUACUGCCAUCUUUACUGGAUUGAACGAGGGUUCUUACUAGAAGCUCAGGCGUGCUUAGAGGUGAUGCAAGUGAAGCGAUAAUAAUCAGUACAAAUCUCACUGCUUUCAAGCUCUAUUGUUCUCUUUUUACACUAUAUAUUAGUUUAAGUAAUUCAAGAGGCCUAUCGUGAAAUGCUUUCCUUAUUUAUGAUUAAUUUUUACUGUGUUCGAACGUCUAUUUGUAAUAGCCGCUUAUAUCUUGAGCACUUGCUGGAUCCGGGCGAGCUGCUCCGCAGACUAAUUGUGGAUGACGAAAAUCUUGAUGUCUAUACCUCCCAUACUCAUUCGCUUGAUCUUCGUUGCUGUCGCGACUGUCGAUCCAUUUUUAUUAUGAUCUUCAAAUAUUACGUCAAUCUUAAUAUUGCACAUCAUGGUUCGAUCGUUCCCUAAUUUUUUUUAUGUGACUGCUCGUUAUUUGCAUAUUAACUUAGAAGCGAUCUAUCCUUUGUCGAAACACUUCCACUAUUAAUUGACAUCACUAUUUGCUCAUGAAAUAAUUUGUAAAUCGUUUUGAACUGGAAUGAAACACAUUUAUGUUAUUAUUCCAAUUUAUUUGUAUGACGAACCUGGAUACGAUGAAGGUAUUGUUUCUUCUAUCUAGUUUGUGGUCGAGUGUUUCGAUAUUAAUCAUUCUAUUAAUCGUUAUCCCCUUUUGGGAUCAAAUUUCUACAAAAGUUCGUUUCUUUGGCCAAUUGAACAUUUUACUUCGUAACUAGUUGAUUUGUCAAAAUAUAUAUGUAAGGACGAGUGGACGACCCAAAGGAAGCAAUGCCGAACGCCUCGUAUCUUCGAUACGCAAACGUGAGGCCCAACUUCCGUCGGUGUACCGUAAUUAUAUUGUGAAAAGUUCGUGUGUUUCAUGCGUCCAUCUGCUCAUGAAAGUGGACAGAAUGCGAGGGAACUUUUGUUAUAGAAAAGAACACUAAUAGAUUAUUUUAAAAAAGUA